CCCUGCGUCUCCCAUCGGGACCGAAGCCGUCCGCCGUGGCGGGCGGCCGGAUCCGCGUCCCGCCUCGGCGCCGAGAGGACAUGCGGGAGAGAGAAUGAGCCAGAGGGACACGCUGGUGCAUCUGUUUGCUGGGGGAUGUGGUGGUGCAGUGGGAGCUAUUCUGACAUGUCCACUGGAAGUUGUGAAAACAAGGCUGCAGCCAUCUUCUGUGACACUGUACAUCUCUGAAGUUCAGCUGAACACCAUGGCCGGAGCCAGUGUCACAGUGUCACCUGGACCUCUCCAUUGCCUAAAGGUGAUCUUGGAAAAAGAAGGGCCUCGUUUCCUAUUUAGAGGAUUAGGCCCCAAUUUAGUGGGGGUAGCCCCUUCCAGAGCAAUAUACUUUGCUGCUUAUUCAAACUGCAAGGAAAAGUUGAGUGGUGUAUUUGAUCCUCAUUCUACCCAGGUACACAUGAUUUCAGCUGCAAUGGCAGGUUUUACUGCAAUCACAGCAACUAACCCCAUCUGGCUUAUAACGACUCGGUUACAACUUGAUGCAAGGAGCCGUGGGGAAAAGCGAUUGGGUGCUUUUGAAUGUGUUCGCAAAGUAUAUCAGACAGAUGGACUUAGAGGAUUUUACAGGGGCAUGUCUGCUUCCUAUGCUGGCAUAUCAGAGACUGUUAUCCACUUUGUUAUUUAUGAAAGUAUAAAGCAAAAACUGCUGGAAUGUAAGACUGCCUCUAUGAUGGAAAACGAUGAAGAGUCUGUGAAGGAAGCAUCAGAUUUUGUGGGAAUGAUGCUGGCUGCAGCCACCUCAAAGACUUGUGCCACAACUAUCGCAUACCCUCAUGAAGUUGUAAGAACAAGACUACGUGAAGAGGGAACAAAAUAUAGAUCAUUUUUUCAGACACUCUCUUUGGUUGUUCAAGAAGAAGGUUAUGGAUCUCCUUACCGUGGCCUAACAACUCAUCUGGUGAGACAGAUUCCAAACACAGCCAUUAUGAUAGCCACCUAUGAAUUGGUGGUGUACCUACUCAAUGGAUAGCAGUGCGGGGCUGCUCCAGAGAGGGGAGACCAAAAGAUUGCAGUGGACCAUGGAGUAUCCAAGCCAGCAUGGUGGACGGAAGAAAAGUAGUUUGGGAACAUGUAACUAUGCCUAAGUGGAAGUUUGGUUGUAGGAAUUUAAGUAACCAUACCACAUUACUUGAUCUUUCAGUAAUGAGGGAAAGAAAAACCUUGGCUGCCUUCAAGGAAAUGCCUCUCAAAGCACUCCUUACGCAAAAUUGCCAUUUUCUCUACCAUGUCCACCAGAUGCAGUUGUGUUUCAUUGAUUUAUGGCAGUCAGAGUAUAGUGUUGUUUAUUCCAUGAGCACACACUUCUCCAAUAUUCUAAACACAUACUGUAACUAUCCAAAGAUAGUAUUGGCAGUCAUAAAUUUCUGAUUUCUGGCUAUUAAUUCCUGUAAAAGUGUUAAGCAACAACAUUAGGGAGAGCCUUGGUAUUACUGUCACAUUUUCCCAAGAAGACCUUGCUCAAUAUUUUAUGUUCAGUUAUUUGGCUUUGUAGUUGCUUUUUACAGCCAACGAGAUAGCAUCUAAAUAUCUUACAUAUUUUUAACAUUAAAUUUUGAUUUCCACAGCUUACAAGUGUUUGAUCUUUUGCAUAAUGUGGAUUUUAAAUUGUUUGCCAGUGUAUCCAACUCACAUGGUAAUGGUUUGGGAAGAUGAAAUAAACUAGUAAAAUGUUGAUUCUUGACCAUUUCAGUGUCUUGAGCAUGUCCUCAUAUCUUCCCUAAUUGUAUGGUACUUGAAUGAAUGUAGUAGUCUUUUCAGUGACUUACUGGAUAUAAACUUGACUUUCUACCUAUUUGUCACACCUUAGUAUCAUUACAAGUGGAAAACAUACACCA